GCUUUUGUGGGAUGUUUGAGAGUUUAAUGGAGUAACAUGGCCUCCAGAGACUGAGGAGCUUUUCUGCUCUCGGAGCAUGAUUCACCGCCAGGUGAUACUGACUCAGAACUUAUACCAGAACCGCUUUCUCGGGCUGGCGGCCAUGGCUUCGCCUUCUCGCUCGUUCCAGGCCCGGCGUCGGAGCAAAGACCCUAUCCGGCACAGCUUCAACCCCGAGCACUUUCCCAGCGUGGACUUCCAGAACGGUGCGCCUGAGGAGCUGGCAGCUACCCUGCAGCGCUCAACCAGCGAUACGGACUUGGUGACAUCACACUGCCGCUCCACACUAACCACCAGCACCUCCCACUACGCCAUCAGCCAGUCACCAGACAUUAUACUUACAUGGGACAUCAAGGAAGAGGUGGACGCCGGAGACUGGAUCGGAAUGUAUCUCAUCGACGAGGUGCUGUCAGAGAACUUUCUGGACUACAAGAACCGUGGUGUGAAUGGCUCUCACAAAGGCCAGAUCGUGUGGAAGAUUGAAGCUAAUUCCUACUUUGUUGAGCCGGAGACGAAGAUCUGCUUUAAGUACUACCAUGGGGUGAGCGGCGCCUUGAGGGCCACGACACCUAGUGUGACUGUGAAGAACCCUUCAGCGCCGGUGUUCAAGCCGGUUGCCGUGGAUGACAUGCCACAGAGUCAGGGCAGCCGAAGACUCAUCAGCUUCUCCCUGUCAGAUUUCCAGGCGAUAGGCUUAAAGAAGGGCAUGUUCUUCAACCCGGACCCCUACCUGAAAAUCGCCAUUCACCCGGGCAAACACAGCAUCUUCCCUGCUUUACCUCAUCACGGCCAAGAGAAAAGAUCAGGCAUCGUCUGCAACACGGUCAACCCUGUGUGGCAGAGAGAGAGGUUCAAUUUUGUGUCUCUACCCACGGACGUACUGGAAAUUGAGGUAAAGGAUAAAUUUGCCAAGAGCAGACCCAUCAUAAAGCGCUUCCUGGGCAAGCUGUCCAUGCCGGUGCAGAGAUUACUGGAGAAGCAUGCUAUUGGUGACCGAGUGGUCAGCUACUCUUUGGGUCGAAGGUUGCCAACGGAGCAUGUCAGUGGUCAGUUGCAGUUCCGAUUUGAGAUAACCUCCUCUAUUCAUCCAGACGAUGAGGACAUGUCCCUCAGCACAGAGCUUGAGUGUACCACAGUGCCCGAGGAACCUGAGGAACGUGAGCAUCAUGAACCAGGGGAACUAGAGACCAGAGAACGUGUUCCAGUUCAAGCUGAGGACACCAUGAGUCUGGACAUGGUUGCUCCUGAUCUGCCUCUGGAUGGAGACACAGCCUCAGUACAUGUUCCCAUGGAUGUAGAGCCUUUGGAGGCAGAUAAUGGAAGAACAAUCCAGCAAGCGGAGAAGAUCGAGGAGGCAGAAUCUGUACUUGGAGAUAGUGGUGAGCAAGGGAUAGAUGCCCUUGCAGCUGAGCAAGAUGGAGGAAGUCAGCUGGAGGCCCUGGUGCCUGAGCAAUGUGGAGGAAGUCAGCUGGAGGCCCUGGUGCCUGAGCAAGAUGGACAGUGUCAGGGUGAGGCUCUGGUGCCUGAGCAAGAUGGAGAGGGUGAAGAGGAAGUGGCAGCUUUAGAGCAGAUGGAGCAAGAAGAGCCUGAAGCAGGAGAAGGAUGCAGUCAAAAGAUGCAUGAGGAACCCGAUGAUAUAGAAAAUAGGGAAAGGGCAACGGAGACCCAUGAUGUAGUGUUGGAAGAAAUGGAGAAUGCUGUGGGGGGAGCGGAACCUGAACCUGUCUUUCCUGAGGGUUGGUCUCAAGCAGAGGAUGAGGAUCAGGAAGAAGAAGAAGGUUACCCACUUCGACUGCGUGGUGCAGCUAAGCGGAAAAAUCGCCCUUGUUCACUACCUGUCUGUGAGCUGGAGACCGUAAUUGCUUCGACGUGCGAGGAACCCGAGACACCACGGUCACACUACAUCCGUCUCCACCACCUUCUUCACAGUCUUCCCUCUAACCAAUCAGAAAGCUCUAAAACAGAAGAAGAAGAGGAAGAAGAGGAGCAAGAUGAAGAUGGUGCAGCACCAGAGCCACUGACUCCCAACGGUCCACGUCGUUCCCUACCUCGCAGCCGCUCGCACCAGCGCCUCUCUGAACUCGUCCAGAUAUUAGACGGGGAAGGACAAGUUAUGGGAUCCGAGGAUCAAGUCAGAGGCCAGAGGUCCCCAGGAGAAAGCGAGGGCGAGGCUGACCUUAGCCCAGUGCCAUGCUGUAGUCACAUGGUGGCGAGGGGUGCCGGUGCAAUGCGAGCAUCGUCUUUGGACAGCGCACGACACGGCAAGAGCAGCGUGUUCUCCUCACAGGAAGACGAGGACGACAUGGACGGGCUGGACGGCAUCUUGGAAUUAGAGGUGGAGCCUUGUCAGGGCGGACGAAAUCGAACGAGGGACGGCACAAGGUGGGAGGAAGUGCCCGACACUCAUGUGCAAAGUCCGCAUGGCAUUGUGGGUAAUGGAGAUUCCCCAGGAGCUGGAACAAGCGGCAGGAGAGAGUGUCCUCUACCAUGUAGUCACCCUCCAGUGAGCCAGCUCCCUGCUCUGAGGCCGGACCCCCACCACUACCCCACCAUCGACGAGCCCCUUCCUCCCAACUGGGAGGCGCGUAUCGACAGUCAUGGACGCGUGUUUUACGUGGACCAUAUUAACCGCACCACGACAUGGCAAAGACCAACCACAGCAGCGACACCUGACGGCUUGCGCAGGUCCGGAUCCAUCCAGCAAAUGGAGCAGCUCAACAGGAGAUAUCAGACCAUCCAAAGGACCAUGGCCACAGAGAGGAGGGAAGAGGAAGGAGGGAACCCCCGAGUAGAGAGGACUAGCAGUACAGAGACCGACUCACCACCUCAGACAAGCGAACCGAGGCGAGACUCGCACUGCUCUCCGAGUCACUGUCAGAAGAUCACCCUGCUGCUCCAAAGUCCGGCUGUCAAGUUCAUCACACACCCCGAGUUCUUCACUGUCCUCCAUGCCAACUAUGGUGCGUACCGCAUGUUUACUAACAGCUCAUGUCUGAAGCACAUGAUCCUGAAGAUCAGGAGGGACGCGCGGAACUUCGAGCGCUACCAGCACAACCGCGAUCUCGUCUCCUUCCUGAACCGCUUUGCUGAUUCGCACAUGGAGCUUCCCCGGGGCUGGGAGAUUAAAACCGACCCUCAGGGAAAGUCAUUCUUUGUGGAUCACAACAGCCGUGCCACGACCUUCAUCGACCCCAGAAUCCCUCUGCAGAACGGCAGGCUGCCCAACCACCUCACUCACCGGCAACACCUGCAGAGACUGCGCAGCUACAGCGCAGGAGAGGCGUCUGACGUGUCGCGCACCCGUGGAGUGUCCCUGAUAACGAGGCCUGGGAACAGUUUAGUGGCCGCCAUCCGAAACCAAAGCCAGCAGGAGCCGGUGCCGCUGGCAUAUAAUGAUAAGAUUGUGGCGUUUCUACGGCAACCCAACAUCUUCGAGGUGCUCCAAGAGAGGCAGCCGAGCCUGGCCAGGAACCACUCGUUUAAAGAAAAGGUACAUCACAUCCGUACAGAAGGCACACCCAGAUUAGAAAAGCUGUCCUGUGAUGCUGACUUUGUCAUGCUGUUAAGUUUGUUUGAGGAGGAGAUCAUGUCCUACGUUCCUCUCACCACGUUUCACUCCGGCUUCGCCUUCUCUCCACGCUGCUCCCCAGGAUCCUCACCGCAAAAUUCUCCAGGUACCCAGAGAGCUCGUGCUCCAGCUCCAUAUCGCAGGGACUUUGAGGCCAAACUUCGUAACUUCUACAGAAAAUUAGAAGCCAAGGGAUAUGGACAAGGGCCAGGGAAAAUCAAACUAAUAGUACGCAGAGAUCAUCUACUGGAAGGCACGUUUAACCAGGUCAUGGCUUACUCACGCAAAGAACUCCAAAGAAACAAACUCUAUAUUACCUUUGUCGGCGAGGAAGGUCUGGAUUACAGCGGACCUUCUCGAGAGUUCUUCUUCCUGCUUUCUCAGGAACUGUUUAACCCGUAUUACGGCCUGUUUGAAUACUCAGCCAACGACACGUACACAGUGCAGAUCAGUCCAAUGUCAGCCUUCGUAGAGAAUCAUUUGGAAUGGUUCCGUUUCAGUGGCAGGAUCUUGGGCCUAGCGUUGAUUCAUCAGUACCUGCUGGAUGCUUUCUUCACCCGGCCCUUUUAUAAAGCUCUGCUCAGACUAGCAACUGACCUGAGUGAUCUCGAGUACCUGGAUGAGGAGUUCCACCAGAGCUUACAGUGGAUGAAGGACAAUGACAUCACAGACGUCUUGGAUCUCAACUUCACUGUUAACGAGGAGGUGUUUGGCCAGGUGACAGAAAGGGAGCUGAAAUCAGGAGGAGCCAACCUACAGGUGACGGAGAAGAACAAGAAGGAGUACAUAGAGCGCAUGGUGAAGUGGCGAGUGGAGAGAGGAGUAGUUCAACAAACCCAAGCUCUGGUCCGAGGCUUUUAUGAGGUGGUGGAUUCCCGGCUGGUGUCUGUGUUUGACGCUAGAGAGCUGGAGCUGGUGAUCGCCGGGACGGCCGAGAUCGACCUCAACGACUGGAGGACCAAUACAGAAUACAGAGGCGGCUACCAUGACGGGCACAUCGUGAUCCGGUGGUUCUGGGGAGCCGUGGAGCGCUUUAACAACGAGCAGAGGUUACGGCUGCUGCAGUUUGUCACGGGAACGUCCAGCGUGCCGUACGAGGGUUUCACGGCUCUGCGUGGAAGCAACGGUCUGCGUCGGUUCUGCAUCGAGAAAUGGGGAAAGAUCACCUCUCUGCCCAGGGCUCACACCUGCUUUAACCGCCUUGAUCUUCCUCCGUACCCGUCCUACACGAUGCUGCACGAGAAGCUCCUCGUUGCUGUAGAGGAGACCAGCACUUUCGGCCUCGAGUGACGCCGCGGCCGUGCAUGGCCCGUCUACACAAGAAUAGUAAACAAUACAAAUAGUAUGUAUAUACACAUAUACAUAUAGAUAUACAUAUCUUGCUUGUAAACCGAAGACACCGUUGCAUACAUCACUCACCCGUGCGCACGACGUACCGUCUUUAGGCAACACCGUGUGCAACAUGCAAAGCUGUGUAUGCAAUACGACACAAAAGGCUUUAGCCUUCCGCCUUACUCUCAGGGUCUCGGGCUCUGCUGCGGCACUAGGAAUCCGACAAGGCUGCAGCGUUUAGUCGGGAUGCACACACAUACAUACAUACACACACACACACACACACACACACACACACACACACUUCGGGGGGACCGGCUGCUGGCACAAACACCACAAUCUCACUCGUAUCAGCUUCAGUCAAGGCAACGCCUUUCAUCAGGGCUUGGUUACAAAGAUGGGCACUAAUAUUAGAAUAUUAAAAUAUUAGAAGCAACACAGGAAGUGACAUCAUUAGCCAGAGAAGAAAGCAUUUAGGCUGCAGAGACAUGAUUAAAAUGGAAACUUGUGUUAGUCUAAACUUUAUCAACUGCAUGGUUCGGGUUGUCAUGGUAACUGUAAGCUUUGGUUUGGGUUUUUGUUUUUUUUAGACUUCUAUUACAAGUGACAAUUGUGAAAAAUUCCAUGAAAUUGGGGCAAAUCACACACACACACACCAAACGUACACGCAUACGCUCUCUACAGAUGCAGUAGAUGGAAGUUAGGUUUGAAAAACGCUGAAGUAUUUUUUACACACACAAAGGAAAUAUGGCUCAAGCAGCUUGUUGUAUUGGAAAGUCUAUAAAUAAGCUUAAGAUUUUUUUUUAUUAUUGAUUUAUUUAUAAUGUUUCAUAUUUAAUAUUCUUUUGUACACUACCCAGAAAGAGAUUUGUAAAUCCUGCUUUUCAGUGAAACAAUUCAUUCCAUACAUAUUGAAUUAUUCGAUGUGAUGCUGUGUAAUGACUUGUAUGAUUAAUUACUGUAACACAUGUAACACACACAUUGCUUUGAGAUUGUAUUUCUUAUUUCUAGAAAUGUAAUUGGUGCAGGUCUUGGGAUUGUCCGGUGCUUCUGGCUUGCUUGUGUAAAGGUUAUGGUGAUUAUGCUUUUUUUUUCUUUUCUUUUUUUUUUUUUCUCAUCAUAUUUCCACGUUUCUGAGCACGUUUCUAGGUUUCACAUGGAGGAGCCUAUAUGCUGUAAAGCCAUGCUUCAUAUAAGUAAAUUGUAUGUAAAUUGAAAUAUAUACAUCUAUAUAAAUGAUACUGAUGACUUGAAAAUCCAUGCAUUCAAUUGUACAGAUAUUGGAUUUUUGGGCUUUGUAUUUGUAUAAAUUGAAGUAUUCAGACUCUAUUACAAAGUAGUAGUAGAAGACAUACACAUGAAAAAUGCUGCAGCACUGGUUUUUUUUUUUAUUUAUUAUUAUUAUUAUUUCUAUUAUGCUCAAUCCUGGAUACACCAGUGCGUUUGUAUUUAAUGUGUCACUUGAAAAGUUGUAUAAUUGGCUGUACUGUAAAUCUAAUGUGUAUAUUAUUAACUAUACAGUAUGUGUAACGUAUAUAGAUAUUGAUUUUGAAAUGCAAUGUAUGUAUUAAGGAUUGAAAGGCUUUUUUUUUAAAAAAAGAAAGAAAAAAGAAAAAAUCUUUUUGCUUAAACUACUUUGGUUGUAUAAAUGCAUCAUGCUAUGCACAGUUUAGUUCUAACAAGAACGCAAUUUCCUGUCAGUUGUCCAGGGCUUCUGUUUAAUUUUUUUUCCAAAGUCUCGGGUGUACACCCCGGACGGGAUGAAUUCAUCUCGGACGGAUUGAUCAAACUGCCUUACUGCACCUCUGCUCAAACCAUUUCAGCUGUGGAAGGUGUGAGAACGUUCUGGCUCCUGCAUCGUCCCCAUAAACACACACACACACAAAAUGCUGUCCUGCACCUCUCUGUUUUGCGGCUCACACAACGCUGUCCUGCACCUCUCUGUUUUGCACUGUGUGUUCAUCAGGUCUGCGUCUCAGCCAGUUUUGUAUUCUGUAUUCAAGCUCUGGGCUUGUUUGUCAAGUCGAGCUCUGUAAAAAAAAAUGAGACAAAAAAAGCAUAGCACUG